UCGUUGUUUGGUGCUACGUGGACCGGAAGUAGAAGCGUCGCGACUCGACAGCUCUGGACUUGUGAGCUAACUCCAAAACAAAACGCUGCUCAGACGCUGGGCAGGAUGUCGGAAUGACGCCUCGUUGUUAAGUCUGAUUCUGUAUGACAGAGGAUUUUGGCAGUAAUUGGACCGAGGUGUGAUGGCGAAAAUCCGAUUUUCACGAGUUUGUUAGUCGGCUAGCGGCCUAGCAUGCUAACAGUGACGCGUUAGCCGCUUAGCUUAACGUGACAGUUUGCUGUAAGUUGAGCUGUGUGCGCGAUAAGUGAUGAUGUGCUGUUAAAUUAGAUUUUCUGCUGCUAAGCUGCGAGUAAAAUGAGUUGGUUCAACGCUUCUCAGUUGUCCAGUUUCGCUAAACAGGCUCUGAGCACCGCACAGAAAUCCAUCGACCGAGUUCUGGAUAUAAAAGAGGAGGAUCAGUGGGGCGACGCCAUCACACCUCGUGUAGACGAUGGAGAGAGCAACCCAGUGUCCACAGGAUGGGGGAUGAACCAGUGGGAUUCUCCUUCAGAGGAAUGCCCGAAGACCCUCACGCCUUUGUCCGAGGCCAUCACUAAGCCCGUCACUCGCACCGUGGUUGAUGAAACCGAGAGUUUCUUCAGUGCCUUCUUGUCUCCUGGAGACGGGCAGCCGGUCAAGACGCCGGUGGUGUCAGUGGCGCCGACCAAAUCCCACCGUCGGCCGCAGGAGAAAUCGGAAAAAGAGAAGCAACCUCCUGCCAAGGAUGACGUAGACUCUUCCACGCUUUCUCAGGAAGAUCUGAGUAAACAAAGCAGCGUACAAGUAGCGGAGAGCCAGUCAGAGGAGGUGAAGCCACAAGAAGAAGUGUCUGUUCUGGAGUCUGUUCUGGAGGAAACAGAAGAAACAGAGGACACUGAGAGCAAAACGGAGACACAGGAUUCCACUUCAAGUCCGCAAGUCCCACAAGUGGACAUGCCUGCGGAGCCCAAAUCUACAGAAAAAGUCAAGAGCAGUGGUUCUGCUGAGCUUAAGAGCCCGGGGAAAGACCCUCCCAAAGACAUCAUGUUGGAAUCCAAAGAUGCUAAAGCAGAAGACAGGCAGAGCGACACUCCGUCUCCUCCUGUGAGCGCCUUCUCCUCCGGUACCUCCACCACCAGUGACAUCGAGGUGCUGGAUCACGAGAGCGUCAUCAGCGAGAGCUCGGCGAGCUCCAGGCAGGAGACGGCCGAGGUUAAAGCGGGGCUGCACCUCAUGCAGGGCUCCUUCCAGCUCCUCUCCGCUUCGACGUGCAGCGAUUUCCCGCGUCUGGACGACUACCCGAAGCUGAUGGAGAGCUGCGGGUCCUCGUCUGACGCCUUCGAGCGCAUCGACUCGUUCAGCGUGCACUCUCUGGACAGCCGCAGCGUCAGCGAAGUCAACUCAGACGACGAGAUCCCCGGCAGCCGCACUCUGGCGUCUGUUACUGCCGGAACCAGCCCUCUUCCGGCUCUACCGGCACCGCAGACCAAUCAGGAGCAGGAAGAGACGGAGGGAAGGACGACCGACUGCGUGAAGGACCAAUUGGUAGACGAGAUGGAGGAGAGCGGGCGUAGCGCAACUCCGGUGAACUCCGAACAGCCAGAAGAGCUGCCGGAGGAGGAGCAGGAAUCCGGGUCACAUGUCACGCUGUCUAAUGAAAGAACUGAACCUGAAGAGUCACGUGACUCAGUGACAUCACCCAUAACCGAGGAGCAGAAAGGAGCCUCCACCUGCCAGCUCCUGGAACUACAGAAGAUCGUUGACGAGCUCACAGGCAGGCUGGAGAAACGAGAAGCUCAGCUGCUAGCUGUUAGCAAAGACAAGGCUCGUCUGGAGGAGGAGUGUGAUAACCUCAAAGAUGAGAUGAUCACUCUGAAGGAGGAGAGCUCCAGCGUGCAGUCUCUCAAAGACGAGUUCACACAGCGCAUCGCCGACACCGAGAGGAAAGCGCAGCUCGCCUGCAAGGAGCGGGACAUCGCCAAGAAGGAAAUCAAAGGUCUUAGAGAAGAGCUGUCGACCCGGUUCAACUCCGCCGAAACCCUGGAGCUGAUCAGAGAGAAGGAGGAACAGAUCAAAGGCCUUCUAGAAGAGGGCGAGAAGCUGUCCAAGCAGCAGCUGCAGCACUCCAACAUCAUCAAGAAGCUCAGGGCCAAGGAGAAGGAGAGCGACGUGAAGAUCGCCAAGCAGUCCAAGAAACUCAAAGAGCAAGAGGAUGAACUCAAACAGCUGCAGGAGGUUCUAGAUGCGAAGGAGGAGCUGGAGAAGCAGCACAGAGAGAGCAUUAAGAAGCUGAACUCUGCCGUGGAGCGUCAGGAGAAGGAACUGAGCAGGGUCCAGACUGAAAAUGAGGAGGUGCACGAGAAGAACCGCAGCCUGCAGGCCGCCCUGGACGCCUCGUACAAGGAGCUUGCCGAGCUGCACAAGUCCAACGUUACGAAGGCCAGCGAGGCACAGGAGCUGGCUCUCAGCCGCGAGGUCCAGGCCAAGGAGGAGCUCAGCCUGGCAUUGGACAAAGCCCAGGAAGAGGCCCGCCUUCAGCAGGAGGCACUGGCCAAUCAGGUGGCAGAUCUGAGGUUGGCUCUGCAGAGAGCCGAGCAGCAGCAGGCCAGGAAGGAGGACUACCUCCGAGAGGAGAUCAGCGAGCUUCAGCAGAGGUUGCAGGGGGCGGAGACCAGAAACCAGGAACUAAGUCAGAGCGUCACCUCGGCGACGAGGCCCCUCCUCAGGCAGAUUGAGAAUCUGCAGUCUACUCUGGGAUCUCAGACGGCAUCCUGGGAAAAACUGGAGAAGAACAUCUCGGACCGCUUAGCCGAGGCUCAGGCCCAGCUUGCUGUUGCGGUAGAGAAGGAGCGCUCCGUGACAGAGGAACUACAUGCCGUCAAGGCUCAGCUGGCUUCUCUGGAGUCCCAGAAUUCCUCACUGCGGCAGGAGAAGGGACGGCUGCAGGGUCAGCUGGACGUGGAGAAGACUCGGCGUGAGAAGCUGGAGAAUGACAGCAGCAGGGAGCGUGUUGAACUGGAGAAUCUGAAAGGCGAGUACACUCGCGCUCUGGAAGAGGCCAAAAAGGAGAAGCUGCUGCUAACAAACCAGCUUGAGAUGGAGAAAGUGAAGGUGGAGCAGGAGAAGAAGAAAUGCUACCUCGCACAAGAGGCCUUGAAGGAAAAGGAGCGGAAGGCGCUGAGUGUAUCACUGAGCGAGCCUCCUGCAUCCUCAACUCCAUCUCUCUCUCGCUCCAGCUCCAUCAGUGGGGUGGAUCACAGCGGCAUACACACCUCUCUGCUUUCCCACCAGGAGGACUCUCCUGAUCACUCGUUCGCCUCCAUGACCCUCGGCGGGAGCAGCCUGUACGAAGCGGCGCGUCUGAGCGGAGGCUCCAGCAUCAUCGAGAACCUGCAGUCACAGCUGAAACUGCGGGAGGGAGAAAUCGCACAGCUCCAGGUGGAGAUCUCAAAUCUGGAGCGGACUCGCUCGGCGAUGGCAGAAGAACUGGUGCGGCUGACUAAUCAGAACGAUGAGCUGGAGGCCAAAGUGAAGGAGAUCCCCAGACUCAGAGUGCAGCUCAAGGACCUGGAGCAGAGACACAACACCAUCCUGCAGAUGUACGGAGAGAAAGCAGAAGAAGCCGAGGAGCUGCGGCUCGACCUGGAGGACGUCAAGAACAUGUACAAGACCCAAAUCGACGAGCUGCUCAAGAACCAGAAAUAACCUCUCUGGUUCUCUCGUUUUCUUCGCACACACACACACACAUACACAUACACACACACACACGGUCUUGCUGACGGACUUCAAAGUGCAUUUACUGUAAACAGACAAACUCGCUUAUAGUGCAGGAAAGCAGAAGCUUCAUGGUGUGCAGAAGACUCAUGCUUGUUCUGUGAAUAUGUACAUUUUUCCUCAUGUGUGCUCUGUAUUUUCCUGAUCAGGUGUAUAAUCUGUAGUUAUUUAUAGGGUUGUUGGAGCAGAUGUCUUAAUGUGAUUUGUUUUUUUUCCUGAAAGUUCAUUAGCAGACUUGAAAUGGACAAGUGCUUGUCUCUUAGCGUGGACCCUGACUCGAUGCACAUCAAAUUGCACUUUUAAGAUAGCAUGUAAGAUAAAAGCCUUUCCUCUCUCAAUGCUCAAUAUUUAAUAACCCCAUAUUAAAGGAGCAGUUUGUUAUUUUUUAAGCAUUGCAGUAACAAUGAAAAUAUUGACAAACCUUCACUUUAACCCACCAACCCCACUCUGUCUGUACAAACUACAUAUUUAUGCCCUAUGGGGCAGAAUUAAUCAGAGUUCUGUUGGCUGCUGGUGAAGCUAUUUUCAGGGCCAGAAAACUCCAGAAUACAAGCCUUAGAUGAAUAAUCUAGCCAGAUUCUUUGUACAACAAUGUUGCUAUUUUCAGUUUUUUAAGGAGUCUUUAAAUUGUAUGAUUAUUACAGGUCUUGAAACACUUUCAAAAUUACAUACUGCACCUUUAAAUAUUUCAGAUGAAGCACUGUUCAGUCAUUGUCAGUUCAUUGCAAGCAAUGAAAUAACACUGGCAGUCUUCAAAUUGUGUUUAUUUAUAAUAUAUAUAAAUAAAGCUAUGCUCUCUUAAAAUACAUAUAGUCAUAACACUCAUAUGAAGUAAAAAUUAUUAUCUCAUUAAUACCUUCCUACGUAAUGAUCACUAUUGUGAUGAAACAAAGCUCUUAGUGGGGUUAACUGUCAGUUCGAGUAGAUUGGUUAAGGUUAGCACUUGCACUAAACUCUUUUCCCUCUUCUCAAAAUUUUGAGAUUGUAAUUUUAUAAAUUGCAAAUCCGUAUUUGUAACAUCCUCAUAUUACACUGACGAGCCCUAAUUAUAUGUGUACAAUGUUCCUGCUUCCAUUACAUAUUAUUUUUAUGUAUUUACACAUUUCAUGCUACAUUUAAGAAUCGCUGCUGUAAGGCUUUGAGGGGUGAGCUCAAGCGAGCCGCUAAGGUGGAGCUAAAGCAAAUAAGUUUUAGAAGUAAAACAUAAGAAAUAACGUUUUACAAGUUGUGAAUUUGCAAAAAUAACUGGAAUGAAGUUUAUAAAAUUAUGAAUUUUCCACUGCGUUCAUGUACAAACUAUUGACAUCUUGACUAUUGACAUGAUCAUGGAAAUCAUCUUCAUAAUCAACUCUGUCAUCAGAAAGCAGGGUCUGUGGGUUAGCAAACCAUCUGAGAACCUUCUUGCAUUAAACCCAUUGGCUUUCUAGUGAAAUGCUGAUAACUGAACAGAAAAAAGAAACAUAAAGUGAGUAAGUGAGGUGUUGGACCACCAUGAGCUUCCAGAACAGCUUCAAUGCACCUACACGUCUCUGGAACUGUAAUGGAGUGAUGAACACCUUUCUUCUAAAAGAUACAUCCCUCAGUUGGAGUUCUGAUGUUGGUGUUUUUAUACAUCGCUCCAUGUAACGUCUCUCGCUGGUGUUCGUUUGAGAGUGUGGAGGCCAAAGCAUCUGAUUUACAUCACGUUUCAUCAUCAAACCAUUCAGUGAGCCCUGAUGCCGUGUGGAUGUGGGCGGAGCCAUCCUGGAGGUGGUCACGCCCAUCAGGUGAGAGAUGUUUCCUCACAGAAGAACUAUGUGGACUCAAACCAUGCCAGCAACAUAAAUAAAUGCCCCCCCAUGUCAUAACAGAGCUACCUGUCUUUCUUUUAAUUUGUAUAUAAUUUUUUUUCUUUUGUGUAGACCUGUGUUAAUAGUCAUGGAUAAGGAUCAACUUUUUGUGUAAAUGUGUAAAUAAAAUUAAUUUUGCCCUGAUUA